GAAACAUAAAAGGCCAGAAAUAGUUUUCGCGCUCGUUCAGUGUGUCUUCUGCUGUCUUUCGAAUAUUUGUUCCGAAUCGAAUGCGUCUGCAGAACGCAAACAAGUUUCUGUUGCAGUUUCGAUUAAAGUGUUUGUGACCCAGAUGUUCUUUUUCUCGGUUAAUAAAUAAAAGAAAAUAUUUUUUAUUCUGACCAGGAACACCUUUCUAAUCUAUUGGAACUGGUAGCUUAACUGCACGCAACGACUGACUGUCUGAGGCUCCUAGUUUCAACAUGGAAUACGUGGCCAAAGGAUUUAGGGCUCCUUUCGAGUUUUAUGCUUGGAUGAUGUCUAAAAGUGAUCCUAGGACAGUCAAUUGGCCUCUCCUGGGCACUCCUUUUCCCAUGCUAUCCAUCAUCUUUUCAUAUGUGUAUUUUGUGAAAGUCUUAGGACCCCAAUGGAUGAAGAACAGGCAACCUUUUAAGAUUGAAAAACUCAUCAUUCUAUACAAUGUUUUGUUGGUUGCAUUGUCAGCGUUCUUUUUUAUUUAUGGUGGAAGUUUUACAUACAUUAGGCCUUGGGGCAAAUUUAGUUGGAUUUGUGAGCCCAUCAACUAUUCUACAGAGCCAGAAGUCAUGAAUAUGAUAUCUCUUGGUUGGUGGUAUCUGAUGCUCAAGAUUGCAGAAUUUGCUGAUACGAUAUUCUUCGUUCUCAGGAAAAAGUUUACCCAUAUCUCUGCUUUACAUGUUAUUCACCAUUCCCUUGUAGCUUGGGGUGUCUGGAUUGGCAUGAAAUUCGGAGCAGGAGGAAGUAAUGCAUUUUUUCCUUUCAUAAACUGCUUCGUCCAUACCAUUAUGUAUUCCUAUUACUGUUUAGCUGCAUUAGGACCUGGAAUGCGUAAAUAUUUGUGGUGGAAAAAGUAUUUGACAAUCAUCCAAAUGAUCCAAUUUGUGAUUGCUUUCGCACACGCUAUGGUUCCUCUGUUCUACGACUGCGGAUACCAAAAGGGAUUCGCUUACGCUAUCAUGUUCCACGCUUUCCUGUUUAUGGCAAUGUUCAUGAACUUUUAUCGCCACGCUUACAAUUCGAGUAAACAGUCUCGGAUUACGUCCCAAGAAGAAUCUUCAUCUGCCCUAAAGACAAAAAGUUCUAUUGCUGGCAGCAAGUACCAAGAAAAUGGUACCGUUCACAAGCGUAGCAAUGGAUCUGUCAUCCAAGAAGAAGCAGCCAAGAGGAAAGUGAGCGGAAAAGAACUCUGAAUUCCUUGUUAUCCUUUAGGUGAAAAGGGCAACAGAGAUAUGUUUUCGAAAUUCAAAACUUUAUCACCUUUAAUCUUCCAUUUAUGUGUGUUCUUUGAAGCGAGGCUUUGAGAAAAGACUUUCAUACGUAAAGAAAGAUGUGAUAAUUUUCGGAAUGCUCUGCAAUCCUCAUUUUAACAUUCGUUUUGAUAACAUUUUCAUAGUCUGAAGAGACUGCUUUUAGUAUUGCCGGAACGUGAACUCAAAAUAACUUACAUAAUGUUAUUCUCAUAUUUAUUUAAAGUACUACUUUUUUAGUGCUUCAUUCAGGGAGAAAUUCAUUCCUGUGUUUCUGACCUGUUGUUUCGGUUUUAUUAUGAGUUUCUACAAUUAAAUAUCAGUCUUAUCGAAUGUUAAAUACAAGCAUUCUGUAAAUUCUCUGUUACAACCUCCAGUUAUAAAAAAUAAACGGUUAAAUUUUACAGAAAAGUAUAUUUUAUAGGUUAUUUUACGAAAUAUUUAUUCAUUAUUAAAAUUUAUAUUUUAAUUCUAAACUUGAAGAAUUAAAAACCUCCAGGGCGGAUUCCACUCUAGGAGGGAAUUAUACGGUUUAUAAGGAAUGCGUAUGGCUGCCUGAAUAAUGGUUAUGCGCAUAGUACCCAGCGUUUGGCACAUUCUGAAAAUUUGGCGACUUCUAUUAAGGUGGUUGCGUUAGCAUCUAAGUACCAAAUUCCAAUUUGUUAAUAAUCUGAACUAUUUAUAGUAACUUGAAUUACUGUCGUUAGUCCAAACUCAAUUUUUGUUACCUUUGAGAUAGUGUGAAACGUAUAUUGGUAAUGAACUGCAACUUUUGUUUCAGAGAAAAAAUUGUAUUCCAUAUAAAAAAUAUUUAUAUUUAAUGUCCAAAUGUAAAACAAAACUGCCGAAACGUAAUAAUGUAAUUUUAGUGAACCUAUUGAAGAAAUAUUGACAAAAAAAAAAAAAAAAAAAAAAGACAAAGGAAACAGAAGUUGAAAAUAUUACCUCUUCUGUAGUGAGCGUAUAACUUGUUAGGGCGUCAGAUUAUACGAAAUGAAAUUAUUAUUGAAAUAAUGAAAUAAGCCUUUAUAAAUUAAGAGAUGCUUGAAGUAAUCUUAUCUUUACAAAUAAUCAAUCAUCUUCACUGCUCUAAUUGAAAAUACUCCCCUGUUAAUGACGAGCUUUUAGAGAGCUAUUAUUCAAAGACGACAUUUCAAAGAUUUUAUAUGUUUAUUUUUAUAAUGUGUGUGUGAAAAUAUUAUGUGCUUUGUUUCAAAAAUAAAUUCUUUUCUUAUAUUUGAA